AUGGUGCCCAAGCUGGGACCAGACAGUUGUGACCAGGCCCUGCUCCAGAUUGGGAUAAACAUGAUGGCAUUCCCAGGGGUUAGCCACUUGGACUCUAUCCCAUUGCCUGGCCAGGGGUUGCCCCUGAUUCAGGUGGACUCUGUUCAGCGAUGGAUGGAAGACCUAAAGUUGAUGACAGAUUGUGAGUGCAUGUGCAUCCUCCAGUCGAAGCCCAUUAGCUUAGAGGAUGAUGCCCAGAGUGAGCUGAUCCCAUCCUCACAGCACGGCCCCUGUGACCACCUGCAGCUGCUGUUGAAGCGGGCCUGGAUCAUUAGCACUGAGCUGGGAAGGAUCGGGCAGAAGCUGGACCGGGAACGGUGGGGGCGGGUGCACAGUCUGAGUGUCCGGCUGACCUGUCAUGCACGUUCCAUGAUCAAUGAGUACAGCAUUUUCAGCAGAGGUGCCUCAGAGGAGAUGGAGCAGUUUCAGAAGCUCUUAAUGGAGAAGUGCUCUGAGCUUACAGCUGUCACUGAGAGGUGUCUCCACAUUGAUGAUGAGCAGGUCCUGAAGUCCAUGAAACCCUGUGUGAAUGAGACCCUGAGUGCCGUGGGCCGGUACUUUAGCCAGCUACUGGAAUUGGCUCUGACACAGGAGAUACAGGUGCUGGUGAGAAAGAUUGACACUUCAGAUAAUCUUUACACUGCAGAGUCUACCACAGGGAACCUGUUCAGCUUGACCCAGGAAGGUGCCCCUUUAUGCCGUAUCAUAGCAAAGGAGGGAGGUGUCGUUGCCCUCUUCAAGAUCUGCCGGCAGGACUGUUUCCGGUGCCUGUAUCCCCAGACGUUACGUACUCUUGCUUCCAUCUGCUGUGUAGAGGAAGGUAUUCACCAGCUGGAGAAGGUGGAUGGUAUUCUGUGCUUGGCUGACAUCCUGACUGACAGUAGCCACUCUGAAGCCACCCGAGCAGAGGCUGCUGCUGUGGUCGCCCAGAUAACCUCUCCACACCUGCCUGUGACCCAGCAUCUCAGCAGUUUCCUGGAGAACAUGGAGGAGAUCGUGACAGCCCUCAUCAAACUGUGCCAAGAGGCCUCAUCUGGUGAAGUCUUCCUAUUGGCUUCUGCAGCUCUUGCCAACAUCACUUUCUUUGAUACUAUGGCCUGUGAGAUGCUCUUGCAGCUGAACGCCAUGCGCAUCCUCCUAGAAGCCUGUGCUGACAAGCAGAGAGUGGACACACCCUACACUCGAGACCAGAUCGUGACAAUAUUGGCAAACAUGUCUGUCCUGGAACAGUGUGCCUCGGACAUCAUACAGGAGGAUGGGCUGCAGCUCCUCCUGGGGAUGCUGUCUGAGAAGCCGCUGUCCGGAAGUCCCGCUGAAGUGGCUGCCUGCGAGAGAGUCCAGCAGAAGGCUGCUGUGACGCUCACUCGCCUCAGCCGGGAUCCAGAUGUGGCCCGAGAAGCCAUACGGCUUGGGUGUAUGCCUCGUCUCACGGAACUUUGCUGGGUUCCAGCUGAGAGGAACAAUAGCGACUCUGUGCUUGUGGCAUGUCUGGCUGCCUUACGUACCCUGGCAGCAGUCUGCCCAGAAGGCCUCCAGGACUCCGAUUUCCAACAACUCGUCAAGCCUCGGCUGGUGGACUCCUUCCUCCUGUGUGCAAACAUGGAAGAGAGCUUUGUAUGAGAAGGGAAGAGGCAGGAAAAGAGGAAGAGGAACAACUUAGCUACCUUCCCAUCUAACCAGCAUCAUGGAGCCUCCAACCACCCCCAGUCCCCACGUACACACAUGUUCUGCUAUAGUCACCAGCUUACUAUUUAUACUAACUUAUUAUCUGACUAGGAGGAUGGUGGGUUAAG